ACUUGCAGCAAGUACCCUAGUUGCCACUCUUGCGGGGAGGAAAUGAGGCUCAGGGCCUGGGGGGCCAUGUCCCUCAUCCCAUGGCUCCGGGGGAACAAGACUCCAUCGCAUCUGUCAGCCCGGAGCCCGGCAGAGAUGGUGCUGGAGACGCUCAUGAUGGAACUGGCUGGGCAGAUGCGGGAGGCUGAGAGGCAGCAGCGGGAGCGCAGCAACAGCGUCAAGAAGAUCUGCACGGGCGUGGACUACAGCUGGCUGGCCAGCACACCGCGGCCCACCUACGACCUCAGCCCUGGCGAGCGGCUGCAGCUGGAGGAUGUGUGUGCCAAGAUCCACCCGUCCUACUGCGGGCCUGCCAUCCUCAGGUUCCGGCAGCUGCUGGCGGAGCGCGAGCCGGAGGUGCAGGAGGUGGCGCGGCUGUUCCGCUCGGUGCUGCAGGAGGUGCUGGAGCGGAUGCGGCAGGAGGAGGCGGCGCGCCGGCUGACCCGCCAGUGGAGCCUGCGGCCGCGCGGCAGCCUGGCCUUCAAGACCCGCGCGCGCAUCGCGCCCUUCGCCAGCGACAUCCCCACCAUCUCGGAGGACGUGGAGCGCGACGCGCCGCCGCCGCCGCGCGCCUGGAGCAUGCCCGAGUUCCGCGCGCCCAAGGCCGAGUGA